UUCGCUCGCACUUUUCAGUGAUGAUUUGAAUCGCCCGCGGUGCUUCAUGUCUCAGACUCCCCUUCCUCGAAAACCCUAAAGCCCUGCAUUUCUCUCUCUUUCAUGCAAAGGCUUCAUCUCAAUCUCCAUCUCCAUCUCCAUCUCCAUCUCCAUCCCCAAUUCUCCAUGCAAAGCCUUCGCCAUCUCCUCCUCCAGCUCCCCAAAUCCAAACCCUAUGCCAUCAAUCCCGUUUCUGUUGUCUCUCUUUCCUCCUCCUUCCAUUCCAGCCAUCAGAGAUGGAAUCAAGAACAAAAUGGUGAAAACCCUAAGGUUUGGACCUUCUACGAUCCUCUCGGAGAUCAGAUUGUCACCAGGGCUGAUGGCGACGACAAGUGCCGCGCUGGCGAUGGGGAAGAGAAGAGAACUGCUGGGAAAAACAAGAAACGGGAUGAGGAUUCUUCGGGAGCGAAUUCGCAAGCUUGGUCCUCGAUGGCCAGGAGGAAGCCGGGGAAGGUGAAGGUUUCUUGGGUUUGUGAGAACUGUGGGGUGACUCCAGGGCAGUGGUGGGGUACUUGUCCGUCGUGCCAGACUUUGGGAUCUGUUAAGCAGUUCUCGGAGUCGGAGGUGAGUCGGGCUAGAGGAGCUGAGGUUUCAGAGGCGGCCAUGAGGUCGUGGUUACCUAAGAAGCUGGGGAAUUUGGCACCCCAGAGCAUUGCUGAGAUUAACAAGGGCAAGAAUCAGUCUGAGUGGCGAAUCCCAUUGUCUGGGCAUUUCGGAAUGGAAGUUGCCAGGGUGCUAGGAGGUGGUCUUGUGCCAGGCUCCUUGGUUCUAGUAGGUGGCGACCCUGGUGUUGGUAAGAGUACACUAUUAUUGCAGCUUGCUGCUAUUAUAGCUCAAGGGCUUGGAUACAAAGGUCCUGCUCCAGUCAUCUAUGUCUCAGGCGAGGAGAGUAUUGAACAAAUUGCGAACAGGGCAGACCGCAUGAGAAUCACUACUGGAGACCUUUUUUUGUACUCGAGUACAGAUAUUGAGGACAUAUUGUAUAAGAUUCAGCCACUUUCUCCACAAGCUCUUAUUGUGGAUUCUAUUCAAACAGUUUACUUAAGAGGUGUUACUGGAAGUGCUGGAAAUAUUAUGCAGGUGAAGGAAUGCACCUCAGCACUUCUGCGUUUUGCUAAACAGACUGACAUCCCUGUUCUUUUGAUUGGGCAUGUUACUAAAACCGGAGAUAUAGCUGGGCCUCGUAUCUUGGAGCAUAUUGUGGAUACUGUAUUAUAUAUGGAGGGUGAGCGAUAUUCAUCCUACCGGUUGUUACGAUCUGUAAAAAACCGAUUUGGGUCUACCGAUGAGCUUGGUGUUUUUGAAAUGUCACAGUCUGGCUUGCAAGCUGUCUCCAAUCCCAGUGAAAUGUUUCUGAGUGAGCAUUACACUGAUUCUGAGGUCUUAGCAGGACUUGCUAUCACUGUCAUAGUAGAUGGAUCUCGAGCAUUUGUCAUAGAAAUUCAGGCCUUAUGUGUCUCCAAUUCUGCAGCCACUAGACAAGUUAAUGGUGUUCAACAUAGUAGAGCAGACAUGAUAAUUUCUAUUCUUAUGAAGCAAGCGGGGCUGAAACUCCAAGAUCAUGCCAUCUAUCUGAAUGUUGUUAGUGGGUUUAAGUUGACAGAAACAGCUGGGGAUGUUGCUAUAGCAGCUGCCAUUUGCAGCAGUUUCUUGGAGUUUCCCAUUCCAAACAAUGUUUCGUUUAUCGGAGAAAUCGGCUUAGGUGGUGAGCUUCGUGCGGUCCCGAGAAUAGAUAAGAGGGUGAUGUCCUUGGCGAAAUUGGGGUACAAGAAGUGCAUUGUGCCCAAGGCUGUAGAAAAGUUGCUCGCAGAUCUCAAUUUGGAUAUCGAAAUUGUGGGUUGCAGGAAUUUGAAAGAGGUGAUAAACACAAUAUUCCAAGCUAGAUGACAUAAAACCUCCAUUGACUCUAAAUUUUGUUCAUUGGCUUGCUCUUCAACACUGCAAUGCCAUUGCAAGAGGUAGGCCCCUCUGACAAAUUAGAUAGUAGUAAUUAAAAAAAACCGGAGUAAAAAAAAUUUAAAGGGUCAGAAAUACAAGUGACCUUAUGAAAGGCCCAAUGAUCUACUGAAAAGAAAAGACUGUUCUGUGUUUACGCUGGUGUAUGUAUGUAAGCAUGCAUAGGGUUUGUUGGUGUUUAAGACAAGGCUUCGGAUCCAUAUGCAGCAUAGCUAAUGAGUAUAAUUCUCUUUAUCUCGAGUCUUGGUUAUCGGUGUAUUUAUUAUCACACUUUUACUGCUAACUGAACUUCUGAGGAUUUCAUAGGUUAUACAAACCUGAAAAUGCUGCU